AUGGAGCUUCAUACGAUAAAUCGUGGCGCUUUGUACAUUCUUGUUGCCCUCCUUACCGUAAUCUUCGUCAACGUCGCCCGCCAGUACCUCCCUCGUCGAAAAUCCGAGCCGCCUCUCGUCUUCCAUUGGCUACCCAUAAUUGGCAAUGCGAUCGAGUACGGGACGGAUCCUUUCAAUUUCUAUAAGAGGUGUCGAGCAAAGCAUGGCAAUAUAUUCACCUUUGUUCUUUUGGGAAAGAAAAUGACGGUAUGUCUGGGACCCGAGGGAAACGAGUUCGUGCUCAACGGGCGCGUCUCAGAUGUCAAUGCCGAAGACAUCUAUGGUCCCUUGACGACACCCGUCUUCGGCUCGGACGUCAUCUACGACUGUCCCAACGCAAAGUUGAUGGAACAGAAGAAAUUCGUCAAAUUUGGACUGACGCAGCAGGCCCUCGAGAGCUAUGUCCCGCUGAUUGAAGGAGAGGUUCUGAAUUACCUGACUAGCUCAAAAUGCUUUCAGAACACGAGUGGCAAGGUCAAUAUAUCUGCAGUCAUGGCGGAGAUCACCCUGUUCACGGCCGGUAGGGCGCUGCAAGGCGCCGAAGUACGGAAGAAGUUAACAGCUCAGUUCGCUGAGUUGUACCACGAUCUCGACAUGGGCUUCCAACCCAUUAAUUUCUUGAUUCCAUGGGCUCCAUUACCGCAAAAUCGACGUCGAGAUGCGGCACAUCUGAAAAUGAGGUCUGUCUACAUGGAUCUUAUCAACGACCGCCGGCGGAGAUCUACACACAAUAAGUUUGGGGGGAUAUAUGUCGACGAAGAGCCUGAUAUGAUAUCUAACCUGAUGAGCUGCGUAUACAGGAGUGGCCAGCCAGUGCCAGAUAAGGAGAUUGCGAAUAUGAUGAUUACAAUGCUCAUGGGUGGGCAGCACUCAUCCUCGUCCGCAAGUGCCUGGAUUAUGCUCCGCCUAGCCUCACAACCCAGCAUCGCAGAAGAGCUAUACGACGAACAAAGACAAAACCUCGGCUCCGAUGCAACUACACGGCCUCUCUCCCUCAGCGACCUUGACAAGCUACCACUCCUCGCCAACGUGAUCAAAGAGACACUGCGAGUACAUUCCUCGAUUCACUCGAUCAUGCGCAAAGUGAUGCGGCCUAUCGUCGUGCCGGGCACCGACUACGUCAUCACGCCGGACAAGGUGCUGGUAUCGUCGCCCAUAGUAUCCCACAUGAGCCCCGAGCACUUCGCCGACCCCGAGCGCUGGGAUCCGCACCGCUGGGACCACCACGUCGAAGUCGCCGAUGCCGACGACGUCGUGGACUACGGCUACGGUGUCACGAGCAAGGGAACUAAGAGCCCGUACCUGCCUUUCGGCGCCGGCCGUCAUCGGUGCAUCGGGGAGAAGUUUGCGUAUCUGAAUCUCGCAACUAUUGUUGUCACUAUUGUUAGGAAUAUGAAGCUUAGGACACCCGAUGGCUCGGAUAAGGUACCGCCGACGGAUUAUAGCUCGCUGUUUUCGAGGCCCGUGCAAUCUUCUGAGAUUCUGUGGGAACGACGCAGGUCUGAAUCGUCUACCUGA